UGUCGUCGUGUUUAUUUUGUUUUUAACACUUAUGUUUUAUCUUUUUCUUUUGUCCUCCACAAAGUCAGCUCCUACCCAGGACACCAUAGAGCAGGCGUGUCAAACUCCAGUCCUGGAGGGCCGCAGUGUCUGCAGAGUGAAGCACAACAGGAGGCCCGCUCCUACUUGAGCGAGGAGAUGAUCGCUGAAUUCAAAGCUGCCUUCGACAUGUUCGACACUGACGGUGGCGGUGACAUCAGCACCAAGGAGUUGGGCACCGUGAUGAGGAUGCUGGGCCAGAACCCAACAAGAGAGGAGCUGGAUGAAAUCAUCGAGGAGGUUGAUGAGGAUGGCAGCGGCACCAUCGACUUUGAGGAGUUCUUGGUCAUGAUGGUCAGACAGCUGAAGGAGGACCAGGCUGGAAAGAGUGAAGAGGAGCUGGCUGAGUGCUUCCGCGUGUUUGACAAGAACGCCGACGGCUACAUCGACAGGGAGGAGUUCGCGCUGAUCAUCCGCAGCACGGGGGAGAACAUCUCCGAGGAGGAGAUCGACGAGCUGCUGAGGGACGGGGACAAGAACGCCGACGGCAUGCUGGACUUUGACGAAUUCCUUAAGAUGAUGGAAAAUGUGCAGUAAAGCAGGGACUCCAGGACAUUCCUCCUCCCCCAUGACCUCCAGCCCCUUCUGGCCCCUUAUCCUCCUCCGUUCCACCACCCCCGUCUUUACAGAACUCAGCCUCUUUGACAGACAGACUCCUGGCCCGAGGGGCAAGUGGCUUUUUUGCCCUCUUCUCUCUCACCAGUAUGAAGCCACGUCCAGAACAGACCUCUGCAUCGUGAUCACGGUCUAAAUUCUAACGCUGGGAAGGAGUGCAGUUCCGUUGUCUGCCACGGGGGGGCACAAAUCACGAUCCCAAAGCACAACAACCAGUGUUCCCCUCCACUCCCCCUAGCGGUGCCAUGCAGUUCAGCAGUUAGACUUUCACGCAUUCUAGUUCACACCAAGUCGCCAUGGAGACUGCACAUGAACAAAGGUGUAAUAAAUCAAUGGAAAAAAGAAAAGAAAAAAAGUCUGCCUUGUGUUUUGGUUGGUCUAGAAUUUCAUUGACUGUAUAUUGAUAAAGAAAAAAAUAAUAAAAUAACUUUUUUUCCCUUUUC